ACCUGUCGCGCGGCGGAGCAAGCGCUGAAGGCUAGGCGGGCAGUGAGUCGCCAUGGAACCCGAUGGGACCUACGAGCCGGGCUUCGUGGGUAUUCGAUUCUGUCAGGAAUGUAACAACAUGCUUUACCCCAAGGAGGACAAGGAGAACCGCAUUCUGCUGUACGCGUGCCGGAAUUGUGAUUACCAGCAGGAAGCCGACAACAGCUGCAUCUACGUCAACAAAAUCACGCACGAAGUGGACGAACUGACCCAGAUCAUCGCUGACGUGUCCCAGGACCCCACGUUGCCGCGGACCGAAGACCACCCUUGCCAAAAGUGCGGCCACAAGGAGGCGGUGUUCUUCCAGUCACACAGUACCCGGGCCGAGGAUGCCAUGCGCUUGUAUUACGUGUGCACGGCCCCACACUGCGGCCACUGCUGGACCGAGUGAACCACUCUCCCCCUUGUGUAAUAAAUGCUGUGUUCUAUGAAA